GAAUGGACACUGAAUACCUGAAGAGGUGCUUUGGAAAUAGCCUGACCCAGGCACUGGAGGAGGUGGCAAAAGUUCGGCCAAGUGACCCCAUAGAGUACCUGGCUUACUGGCUUUAUCAUUACAGGAAAACUUCUAAAGCAAAAGAAGAGAAUAAGAAAGAGCAGAUCCAGCUGAAGGAGGAGCAAGAUAAUAGCCUCAAGGAAACUGAAGCAACAGAAAUACUGAAGCAAGAAGAGCAUCAGAUUCAACAGAGAGAUGAACAGUGUCACAAGCCACUGACAUCUGUAGCUAGUUCCACAGAGCAGACCAAAUCCAUGCAGGAGAACGCAAAAGCCCUGAAGAAAGAGGCGAUAGAGCAGGAAUCCCUGCCAAGUACUUCUAUUAUGAGUCCAGGAGAGCCGCAAGAAAUUUCUUUUCAGUCAUUCAGCCAGACUAACUACAAUGUCCAAACUCCAGAAAAAAUAAAUUACCAGGAUUUUCUACAUGAAAUUGCUCACAAAAUGCAUCCUAGCUCCAAAUCUCCUCCUUAGGUUGUCAGAAAGUGGU